CGCCACCUUUCAUAUUGCAUAUAGCGUGAAGAAUCUGCUUUAGAAAAGAGAAGAAAAAGUGGGAAAACGAGAUUAUAAAUGUAUAUUUGUGGUUAGAAGUAUUGACAGUUUUAUUUUAAAUUUUGAGGUUUACGCAGUACUGAUAUUUUUUAUUUAUAUAUUGUUUAGAAUGUCACACACAAUCUUGUUGGUUCAACCAGGGAAACCAGAAACUAGAACAUUCUCUGACUAUGAAUCAGUUAAUGAAUGCAUGGAAGGUGUCUGCCACAUGUAUGAGGAACACCUGAAGCGACAAAACCCAAACACUCCAUCUAUCACUUAUGAUAUCAGUCAGUUGUUUGAUUUCAUUGAUCAGCUGCAAGAUCUCAGUUGCCUAGUGUACCAGAAGUCCACAAAUACAUAUGCUCCUUAUAACAAAGAUUGGAUCAAAGAGAAAAUAUACAUCCUCUUACGAAGGCAGGCUUCAAAAAACCAGUCUUAAGCCAAGUCUGUAUCAUGUGUAUUUUAUUGUCAGUGAGUGUGUAUACAUCCAGAAAAGUGUACUUUUGUUAUAGGUAAAAAGGCUUUUUCCAGGCCUCAUUUGUGUAACUAUUUUUUUUUUAGUUUUUUUCUUCUUUUUCAUUGUGAGUGUAUUUUGUCAUUGACAUAAUUCUGAUUUAACUUCAUUUAUUAAAAAAGAUUCAUUCUCUAUGUCAUUGUAUUUGCUUGAGAAAAGUUAUCUCGGUACAGAAGAAAAUGUUUGUUUUGAGAUCCAUUAACAAGUUCCUUUAAUACUUCGUCAUUUCAUUUGAAUAGAAUCAAAGCAUUUUUUUGUGAAUGUAUGUUUUAGUGUCAUAUAAGAAAGUCAAAUUUUCAGGGUUUUGAAAAUAGCAAUAAAGUUUCCCCAACUUAAGCAUUUGAUCAAUCCA